GCGGUUUCUCCGUUUACCUGUUUUGCUGAUGUACAUUAAACUCAUUCUCAGCAAAAUAAGCAAAUGGAAAAUUCGUCCAUCAACAAGCUACCUUUCGUGUUCCUAAAGGUGUGAAGAAGCCUGAAGUGGUGUGUAUAUGAGAGGGGGAGAUAGCUGAGAGAGGCUUGGAAAACUGCAGAGCCUUUUUCUUUUCUUUUUUUUUGAACUUAUGCCCCUUGCCUCUUCCAAACCUUCAUUUAUUUAUCUGUAAAAUGGAGAUACUAAUGCCUUCCUCUACAGAGUUGUUCUGAGAAGUGAAAGUAAUGCAGAUGAAAGCUCUGAGAGAGUACACAAAGAGAGAAGACCCUAGGGGAGGAUGCAGAGGGAGGGUGGAGGAGGGAGGCAGGAGAGUGCUGGCAUAGCUCCACUGGGGCAGAAUCUUAUUAUUCUGGGAUUGGUCAAACACCUCUGGUAACUUUGGAGACGACUUUCCGCUGACUCGACACAAUUGGGAAGCCCCACAAUAAACAGCAUCUAACUCCAGCACAGCGGGAGGCAGGCAGAGGUAGCAGCUGCUUUCUCCUGGGCGGGCGGAGGCUAUUCGCCCCCAUCCUCUCCCAGCACCCCACCCCCACAGUUCUCAAGCCUUCGUGGGGGACAAAGGCAGCCCUUUGGGACACCCCCCCCCCCACAUUCGCACCUCUCCCUGCCAAGACCUCUAGGAGCAGCAGGGCGGAUAGACAGAGCCUGCCGUUUGGCAUGGAACAACCUGACUGAAGGCGAGGUCCGGGGCGGAGGGGAUUGGGCUGUAGGGCUGUGGAGGAGGGGAGGCGGAGGGGGCGCUGGGGCUCUCGCUUGCUUCAACCCAGCCCUCCUAGUCAGCCCGCGACAACUCUCACCAGCUACGGGGCCUCAGAGAAGCCGGACUUCGCGAGCACCAUGCAGUGGAUAAGGGGCGGAUCGGGAAUGCUGAUCACUGGAGAUUCCAUCGUUAGUGCUGAGGCAGUAUGGGAUCACGUCACCAUGGCCAACCGGGAGUUGGCAUUUAAGGCUGGCGACGUCAUCAAAGUCUUGGAUGCUUCCAACAAGGAUUGGUGGUGGGGCCAGAUCGACGAUGAGGAGGGAUGGUUUCCUGCCAGCUUUGUGAGGCUCUGGGUGAACCAGGAAGAUGAGGUGGAGGAAGGGCCCAGUGAUGUGCAGAACGGACACCUGGACCCCAACUCAGACUGCCUCUGUCUGGGGCGGCCACUACAGAACCGGGACCAGAUGCGGGCCAAUGUCAUCAAUGAGAUCAUGAGUACCGAGCGUCACUACAUCAAACACCUUAAGGAUAUUUGUGAGGGCUAUCUGAAGCAGUGCCGGAAAAGAAGGGACAUGUUCAGCGAUGAGCAACUGAAGAUAAUCUUUGGGAACAUUGAAGAUAUCUACAGAUUUCAGAUGGGCUUUGUGAGAGACCUGGAGAAACAGUAUAAUAAUGAUGACCCCCACCUCAGCGAGAUAGGACCCUGCUUCCUAGAGCAUCAAGAUGGAUUCUGGAUAUACUCUGAGUAUUGUAACAACCACCUGGAUGCUUGCAUGGAGCUCUCCAAGCUGAUGAAGGACAGUCGCUACCAGCACUUCUUUGAGGCCUGCCGCCUGUUGCAGCAGAUGAUUGACAUUGCUAUCGAUGGUUUCCUUUUGACUCCAGUGCAGAAGAUCUGCAAGUAUCCCUUACAGUUGGCUGAGCUCCUAAAGUAUACUGCCCAAGACCACAGUGACUACAGAUAUGUGGCAGCUGCUUUGGCUGUCAUGAGAAAUGUGACUCAACAGAUCAACGAACGCAAGCGGCGUUUAGAGAAUAUUGACAAGAUUGCUCAGUGGCAGGCUUCUGUCCUAGACUGGGAGGGCGAGGACAUCCUAGACAGGAGCUCGGAGCUGAUCUACACUGGGGAGAUGGCCUGGAUCUACCAGCCCUACGGCCGCAACCAACAGCGGGUCUUCUUCCUGUUUGACCACCAGAUGGUCCUCUGCAAGAAGGACCUAAUCCGGAGAGAUAUCCUGUACUACAAAGGCCGCAUUGACAUGGAUAAAUAUGAGGUGGUUGACAUUGAGGAUGGCAGAGAUGAUGACUUUAAUGUCAGCAUGAAGAAUGCCUUCAAGCUUCACAACAAGGAGACUGAGGAGAUACAUCUGUUCUUUGCCAAGAAGCUGGAGGAAAAAAUACGCUGGCUCAGGGCUUUCAGAGAAGAGAGGAAAAUGGUACAGGAAGAUGAAAAAAUCGGCUUUGAAAUUUCUGAAAAUCAGAAGAGGCAGGCUGCAAUGACUGUGAGAAAAGUCCCUAAGCAAAAAGGUGUCAACUCUGCCCGCUCAGUUCCUCCUUCCUACCCACCACCACAGGACCCGUUAAACCACGGCCAGUACCUGGUCCCCGAUGGCAUCGCUCAGUCGCAGGUCUUUGAGUUCACCGAACCCAAGCGCAGCCAGUCACCAUUCUGGCAAAACUUCAGCAGGUUAACCCCAUUCAAAAAAUGAUACCUACAGGGAGGCAGAUAAUUUUAAAAUAAAGUAAAUAAAAUUAUAUUUAUAGAUGGACCUUUUUUCGGAGAAGCACUGUUGAAAUUUAUACACACACACACACACAGAGACCCUUGAUUGAAUAUACACACACACACAGACACACACAGACACGCACAGAGAGAGAGAGAGAAGGAACAAAAGCAUUUUCUGUUGUUUUGGGGAAGUAAAAUCUGUGGUUGGUAGGAAGACAUAUCAAUGACUUCCAAACAUGUGAUCCUGUCUUAAAAGUUUUUUGUUUUUACCCUGUCCCUCUUCCCUUUGCUUUCAGAGAUUGACAUUUCUAGUCAUUUAUUUUCUUGUUAAAAUAAUCUCUUUGCUCCCCUGUGAUUCCUUGACUUGUCAUUAUUACCACAGAUGUGUUCGUAUUUUUUUUUCUCAUUUCUGAUGAUACUAAUGUUGAUGAAUUUUUAAUUCUAUUUGAUGUGGUAGAGUUGGGGGGUUUGGGGUUUUUUUCCCCUCUUUUACUUUUCAUUGAGGAAGGGGAUGAUCUCCUUUCUCCUCUCCCUCAGCCAAUUAUUUGCAGAAGCUCCUUCAGCCCUGCAGUUCCCCCCAAAUGACCUUUUUCCAGUAUCCUCUGUCCUCAGUCAUGCCAGUCUGGACAUGUUCUGUUGUGCCCUGUGAUAUAACUGCUCGGUAUUCCUAUUGCUUUUACUGUGUUUUAGGUACUAUGGAGGGAUCAAACACCCAAAUAGAAGCAAGGGAGUAUCAGACUAUAAUGAUGCUGGAGUGGACUUCUGUUUAGGAAACAUUUUGCAUUUGGGCUGUUUCUUCUAUCGCUAGGGGUUCUCAUGUUGCAGCACUGCUGGGUCAUUGCAAUUUUGCAUCUAGGAGUUAGUUUGAGCCAGUUAUUCUCUUUUUCCAAGCCACUUUUGUUAUAGGUAUCCUCCUAGGCCUGUCUCUCCCUUAGCCGAAAAGAUCUGAACUGGAAGCAAAGAAGUUGAGAUUCUGCCUCCCAGGGGAGGGAUUUACCUGCCUCCCAGUACCAAAUCGGUUUAGGGCAGGGAUCCCUAAAGCAAUCAGUUCAGUGUCCUAGUUGUUUCUGCUCCCAUUUACAGAUGUUUGGAUAGCAUUGAUAGGAGUAUGGAGGAGUUUUACGACAGAGCUCACUUGACCAAGAUCAUCAGCUACCUUCAAAUUAUUGACUUGGAUAGGGUCCAAGACCGAUAGUAACCUUUUACAGGAAAGAACAGGGAUGGGCAUGGAAAGAGAUAGCCUUGAUCCACAGUAUUGUACCUGCAUUUUCUACCACCCCAAAAUUGUGUGACUUCUCCCAUUGUUAACAGAUUGCAUGGACAAUCUUACCUGGCUUCUUUCCCUCUCUCUUUCUUCUUUCUCCUGCCAUCCUAGCACAUGAGGAUUUUUGGUAUUGAUAUAGUUAAAGCUGUUCUGGCACUCAGAGAAGGCCCUGUUUCCAACAUCCUCUUACCCUCUCAUCCCAGGACAUUUGGGCAAGUGAGUAAGGGCCCAGGGACUAUUUUCCCUCUGAAUAAGCAGUCUGAGGAAGGGACUCAAAAGUGAACCCUCAGGCUCACUUUUGGCCAGUUUUCUGCUUGGGAAAAUCUAACUUUUUUCACAGUGAGGCAGGCUUCCUAUGGAUGUAGCAGUACUUGUUUUUCCUCCACACAUGGCCCUUUUCAUGGAUAGACCUUGAACAGUAAAAAGAAUGGGGCAUAAAGGAAUAAAGAUAAACUCUUCUGUGGAGAGCAAGCCACUGUAGCAUGGAAUCUGGAGAUUGGUAGUCUGUCCUAAACCCCAUGGGAGAAGACUUCAUCAUGAAAGGACCUCAGCUUACCAACCAGCAGCCAUAACUGUGUGGAGGCUUCAGCAAUAGCUAGUAUGUUUACUGCUCUAUGCCUCCUGAUCCAGACCAGGCAUUGCCCAGCCUGGGAAUCCUUUCUUUGUGGGAAUUCAAUUAUAAGCUGUUUAAGCUUCUACUCUUAUCACAACCAAGUCAGACUUGUAUAAUAAGUCAAAGAUGAGCCUGAUCUGGGGAGAGGGCCAGGGCUCGGGACUGGCCAUCACUGUUCAGCACAUGACCUAACUACAUAAGCCUCCAUAGCAAGGGACCUGGUGGCCAGCACCCAAGCUAAAAUGUCCUCUCUGGCAAACAGAGUGUUCUGGUAGCUGUGCAGGCCUCUCUUUAGUUUACCUCUUUUUUCUACUUUGCACUCCUCCUCAGUAGGCUUGGCCUUGACAUGCUUCUCCGGGAGUUGGCAGCACACCAGAAGGGGAUGCUUGGUCAAGUCUCUGGGCCUACAUUUUUUGACUAGGCCCUCUCAUUUCCUCCCUCCUUGGGGCUUGUACCCAGGGCUCCAGGAUCAGGGAUGUUACCUCUCAACCCUCAUUUCUCCUCUACUGAACCUACUGGGCUCACGAGAUGCCAGUAACUUGUGAACAACAAGAAAUCAUCUCCCCAUUGGUUAGAGUAUUCCCUCAGUCCAUAGCAUCAAAGCAGACCAGUGGCCAACAGCCCCAAGGGGAGCUCAGUUAAAUACCUGGGUUCAGUGUCCGAACCUGUUGUGUCCCAACAGCAAUGGCAACCCCAAGAAUUCUGUAAUCCUCCCAUUUCCGCAUGGCCCUGAGCUCCCCUUUCCUCAGCUCAACGAGACUAGGAUUUGCUCUCCAAGAAGCCUUGCUAAUGCGUUCUAUGGGACCUGCUGUGGGGAGUCCUAGGACAGACAUCUAAUUAUUCUCUCUUUUUUUCUCCCCUCUCUCUAUGUGUAUAUUUCUAAUGGAUCUGUAAGAACAGCAACAAGAGAGUUCUAACAAUUCUAGUGUGAAGCCAAAUAGUGAUCUUUUAGUGCUUUGGGGAUGGGGUGGGCUGGGGUGGAUGGAUGGGCAACAGUGACUUUGAUUACCCUUGCUGCUCUGCAUUUGCCAGUUUAUUCUUUUGUUUCUCUUAUCUGACUGUUUGACUCUGUCAAACAAGUGUCAAAGUUGUGUGUUAAAAAAAUGUUUAACAAAAAAAAAUGUUGUAAUGACACAAAGCCUUAUGAAAAUAUUUAUGGAGUUCAAUAAAAGAAGUAAAAAG